UCUGGAAAAUUCACAACAGAAACAAAAAAACAAAGCUACACAAGUUCUCAAGAGAGAUCGAAACCGGAGAUGGAAGGCAAGGAAGAAGACGUUAGAGUUGGAGCUAACAAGUUCCCGGAGAGACAACCAAUCGGGACUUCGGCUCAGAGCGACAAAGACUACAACGAGCCACCGCCGGCUCCGUUUUUCGAGCCCGGUGAGCUCUCUUCAUGGUCCUUUUGGAGAGCCGGGAUCGCUGAGUUCAUCGCUACUUUCCUCUUCCUCUACAUCACUGUCUUGACUGUUAUGGGAGUUAAGAGGUCACCGAGUAUGUGUGCUUCCGUCGGAAUCCAAGGUAUCGCUUGGGCUUUCGGUGGUAUGAUCUUUGCCUUAGUCUACUGCACUGCUGGUAUCUCUGGUGGACACAUCAACCCAGCGGUUACUUUUGGUCUAUUCUUAGCUCGGAAGCUGUCCCUCACCAGAGCUCUGUACUACAUAGUGAUGCAGUGCUUGGGAGCAAUCUGCGGUGCUGGUGUGGUUAAAGGGUUCCAGCCUAAGCAAUACCAGGCUCUAGGCGGAGGAGCCAACACUGUGGCUCAUGGCUACACCAAGGGAAGUGGUCUUGGAGCUGAGAUCAUUGGCACGUUCGUCCUUGUAUACACAGUCUUCUCAGCAACUGACGCCAAGAGAAACGCCCGUGAUUCUCAUGUCCCCAUUCUUGCACCACUCCCAAUCGGAUUUGCGGUUUUCUUGGUUCACUUGGCAACCAUCCCAAUCACUGGCACAGGCAUCAACCCAGCUAGAAGCCUUGGAGCUGCAAUCAUCUACAACAAAGACCAUUCAUGGGACGACCACUGGGUGUUCUGGGUUGGACCCUUCAUUGGAGCUGCACUUGCUGCUCUUUACCACGUGGUUGUCAUCAGAGCCAUUCCCUUCAAGUCCAGAAGCUAAGUUAAAAAAACAAGACAUCAAGUCCUCUGGUUCCUGGUCUUGUCCUCCUUAGUUGCUUCUAUUGUUGGUUGAUCUACAUGUGUGAAAUGUUUGUAUCUAUAAUGUUGCCCUCUUAAUGCAAAUCUUUGUAAACAAAGGAAGAAAUUCCCAAAAGUUCAACGCAAAAAACACUUGGUGUUUAUAAACUACCUACCAAGGGGAUUUAUUUGCAAAUUAUGAAAUCUGUUUAUCAAA